ACAAUGGGCCGCAAGCUCUUCACUGCGUUGAUGUGUUGAUAUUGGGAUAUUUCAGUUAUGAAAUAUGAAUCAUGCAUUUGAUAUUUCUGGCCACUUUGCUCGCCAGCAUCCUUUCGGUUUGGCUUCAUCCAUCACUAGCGUCAUCCGUUUCUCAAGGAGCAGAGGACAAGGUUGAGAGGGACGCAGUGCCACCACUGCUGAAGCAACAGGCAACUGCAGCACCUGCUACAGACAACACAACACACCAUGCAGUAGAGCAUGUGAUCACCUACCCCUCGCGGCUGAUCUACUACCUAAAUGAGGACUCAGAGAGUACCUACCAUGAUCUGGACACCCGGGCCAGGAACCAAGCCACAGUGGGCCAGGCAAUCCAUCUCGCUCAAGCCAGCUUUCAGUUGGAGGCCUUUGGCACCAGAUUUGUUCUGGAUCUAAAACUGAACAGUGACUUGCUGUCUUCGGAUUAUGUUGAGAUCCACUAUGAAGACGGCAAACCUGUUCAAUCUAAGGGUGGUGAGCACUGUUACUAUCACGGCCAGGUGAGGGGGAACGAUGACUCCCACGUGGCUUUAUCUACCUGCAAUGGGCUGCAUGGGAUGUUUGACGAUGGAGUCUAUGUGUAUCUAAUUGAGCCUUUACAACAGACUCAUUCAAUCGAUACAGCUGCAAGGCCUCACAAACUAAGAAGAACAGCCUCUCUUCACUGGAACAAUGAUUCAGAGGAACAGGUGGAGGAGGAGGUGCUCUUCUCAGAGCUGGAUGACUUGUCCUGGCUGAAGCGCAGGAAAAAGCGAGCAAUGCCUCGCAGCAUAUUUGAAGAGAUGAAAUAUAUGGAGAUCAUGAUUGUCAGUGACCACAGUAUGUUUAAACGGCACAGGAACAAGCAGCACAUACAGAAUUUUGCCAAGUCAGUGGUGAAUCUUGUGGAUGCUAUCUUCAAAGACCAACUACAUACUCGUGUGGUGCUCGUUGCUGUGGAGAUCUGGACGGACAAGGAUCAGAUACCUAUCAGUGUUAAGCCACUGGAAAUGCUGCGAGAUUUCUCCAAGUACCGGCAGCAGAGCAUCAAGCACCAUGCAGAUGCUGUGCACCUUUUCUCAAAUGCGACCUUCCACUACCGAAGAAGCAGCGCAGCGUACUUCGGGGGCAUGUGUUCUGUGAGCCGUGGUGUAGGAGUCAGUGAGUACGGCACCGCCUGGUCCAUGGCAGGGUCUCUAUCACAGAGCCUGGCUCAGAACCUAGGCAUCCAGUGGGACCCGGCGUCCAAGAGAAAGGAAUGCGGUUGUGCUGACGUGUGGUCAGGCUGCAUAAUGGAGGAGACUGGAGUCCAACACGCACGGAAAUUCUCCAAAUGCAGCAUCUUGGACUACAAGGAGUUCCUUUUGAAAGGUGGAGGCUCGUGUCUGUUUAACAGGCCAACCAAGCUGUUUGAGUCGACCGAAUGUGGGAAUGGAUUUGUGGAGGCGGGAGAGGAGUGUGACUGCGGACCCCGAACAGAGUGCUACAAGGAAUGCUGCAAGAAGUGCUCCCUCGCCAAUGGCGCACACUGCAGUGAUGGCCCCUGUUGCAAUAACACAUGUCUGUUCUAUCCACGAGGUUACAGUUGCCGCUAUGCUGUGAAUGACUGUGAUAUCUCAGAGACCUGCUCUGGGGACUCUGGACAGUGCCCUCCCAACCUUCAUAAACAAGACGGUUACCUCUGCCAGGUAAACCAGGGCCGCUGCUACAAUGGAGAGUGCAAGACCAGAGAAAACCAGUGUAAAUACAUCUGGGGAUCAAAGGCUGGAGGCUCGGAGAAGUUCUGCUAUGAGAAGCUAAAUACGGAGGGCACAGAGAAGGGCAACUGUGGAAAGGAUGGAGAGAAAUGGCUCCAGUGUAGCAAACAUGAUGUGUUCUGUGGUUACCUGUUGUGUACCAGCAUUGGCCGUAACCCACGCAUUGGACUAAUGAAAGGAGAAAUCACUCCAACCUCCUUUAACCAUCAAGGCAGGGUGGUAGAAUGCAGUGGUGGCCAUGUCCUUUUGGAUGAUGACACUGAUUUAGGCUACGUGGACGAUGGAUCUCCCUGUGGGCCGUCAAUGAUGUGCCUUGACCGCAAGUGUCUGCCCAUCCAGUCACUCAACAUGAGCACCUGCCCUACUGGACCUAAUGGACAGGUGUGCUCUGCCCAUGGGGUGUGCAACAAUGAAGCCACAUGCACCUGUGACACCACCUGGGCGGGGACAGACUGUAGCAUGCCUGACCCGCCAAAAGAGCCUGAGACCACUCAGGACGAAGUACCCAAGGGUCCUAGUGCCACCAAUCUAAUAAUAGGCUCCAUCGCCGGAGCCAUCCUUGUGGCUGCCAUAGUGCUGGGGGGGACUGGAUGGGGCUUUAAAAAUGUGAAGAAACGGCGAUAUGACCCCAACGCCUCAGCCAUUUAACCCACGGAGAGAUGGUAAUCAGAGACGGACUCCUUCGAGGCUUCCUUAGUGGGCUACCUGACAGCUGGACUGCACUUAUUGCUGCUGAUCUUUGGCAUUAGAUUUACUUGAAAAAGACAUAGUGGACAUUUUAACAAAUUCCAUUGUAGUGACAUUAGAAAAGCAGCCUUUUCGACUCCACUUCACCCAUGUAACAACUCCCACCUCCUCCCUGAUCUCUAGAAUGACAGAGCUCCUCUUCCAUUCUUUAGUGCCAGUGCACAGGCGUUCAGGCGGAAUCCACACCACUCUCUCACCUGGCAUGAUUAUCCGCACAAAGCGUGCUGCUUGCUGGCCCUCUGGCAUGAAGAGCCCUCUCCGCAGGGCUCUGCAUGGCUACGAAAGCUAUGAAUAUACUGCAAAAAAAACAAAAAAACUUAACAAAACAAAAAAAAACAUACAAAGAGGGGAAAAAAUGCAAUGCAGGAGAUAACCUCAUUAAAAACCAAAUCCUGUGGAAAAUGUUUCUAUAGAAGAUUAAGGAGCAUUAAAAAAAGGCUGCAUGUGAGGACCCAUAAGGGCAGUGCAGACCACAUAGUGAAUGCACACACACAGGUUGCAAAAUUGUACAUAAGAAGAGGAGUUCAGGUUUUGAAUUAACAGCAUAUUUUACAAGGACAUCAAUUGCUUUUUUUUCUUCUUCUUUUUUUACCUUAGCAUGUUGUAUAGCGGGUGUUUUUGGCAAUGUUAUUUAAAAAAACUGCAAUAGUGAUUUGGGCCAAAACUGUAACCGCACGCUGCACAGCCUGCUGUGAUUGUCACGGAAGAGGUUGAAGGUUAGACUCACACGGCCGUGGUGUCGAGGAGAAGCAUGUCAGUUCUAGAGGGAUUCAGAUUGAGAUCAGGUCAGAUCAACGUCACAAGAUUACCCCCCUGCAGUGUUUGAACAGUGACUCAAAAGCCAAAGAACCAAUCACCCUGAACAUAUGGAUGUUGUUGCACACAGAGCACUUUCCCCUCUGUCUGCAGCCAGUGGUGCCUCUCCUACUGCUGAGGGCAUAAAGUCUGUUCAUGCAGGCGUUCACCUGUCCAGCCAGGUGGCACUUAACAGUCCUCAUCAACACCCACUAUACCCGGCUUAGCCUUUUGCUCUCAUAAACUCUUAGUAGAAAUCAAGUUCAGCUCUACUGGUAACGCUGCAUGCAAUCACUAUAGUGGGCUUAUAAUUCUAUAUGGGAGCCCCCAAAAUCCGCAAGAAAAAUAUGCUACUAAAGAUAGGUGCAUGUCAACAAGAAAACAUUUAACUUUUAUUUACUAUGCAAAGAGAGAUAUUGCACAAAAGUAUGGGUAAUAAUGAUCAACAACAUAGACAUGGAAUUACAAAAACUUCCGCUAAUCAGCUAAACUUUUGUAUUUGGCCACUCCCACGUCUCAUUUCAUUUCGCUUCAACGUACUCAAACUACGACUGGACAACUAUUUAAAAAAAACGAACUGGAUUAAUAUUUACAAUGAAAAGCGAGAGAACACCUUUUAUUUUACAUUUGUGGAACUGAAAAUCAUUUUUGUGUGUUUUUUCAUCCAAUCUGAUAUUUUUAAUCACACACAUGCACACAAAUACACACAAACACAAAUACACACACUGUAUGGUGCCUGUACAUAUUGAGGCCUGAACAGUUUCCUUGUGCAGGGCUAUUAUUUCCAGUCCAGCUGAUAGUUGGUGUGUUCCAGGUGCUGCCAUAGCACUGGCAUCGUUGUAAACCUCCAUGUUACUCAUUGUCUGGUGUCCCUCUCUCACUGCAUCAUGUACAGUUGGACCGAUGAAUAAACUAAUGACAAAUUUUAUAA